AUGUCGAAGAAGCGGACGCUGGACUCAUUCUUCACCCCGUCUGCGAAGAAGUCGCGCAACGGAGAUGAAUCGGCUGAGACCAUUGGCCACUCCACUCAUGUCAAUUAUCCCGUUCCCAUCUCGGAGCUUCCCAGUAGCAUCGUGAAGGAGCUCUCGUCACUUCCCGCUCGCCCAGGCAGGGACAUCAAUGAUCAGCCGGAUCUGGAUCUGGUGUAUUUUGAGCCAUACAUUCCCUCAUAUCUGGCCAAAGACCUCUUUGAGUUUCUGCGCUCUGAAUUGCCGUUCUACCGAGUCGAGUACGACAUUCAGAGGGGCGGCUUCCAAACUCAUAUUCGCACACCAAGGUUCACCACGGUAUUUGGCUUGGACGAUACAGCCCGGUUUGACGACGAUGGCUCAGUCAUAGACAAGAAGUCCGGCUUCAAAGUUGUCGAUAAACUGUACCAGCGAUACCCGCCGCGACCAAUUCCCAAAUGUCUUGAUGACCUCCGUCGCUCAGCCGAGACCGCAACGGAUUGCAAGUUCAAUUUCUGCCUCGUUAAUUACUAUGCUUCAGGCACAGACAGCAUUUCCUUCCACAGCGACGAUGAGAGGUUUCUUGGGCCGGAUCCAGCGAUUGCGUCCUUCUCCCUCGGCGCGAGGAGGGAUUUCCUCAUGAAGCACAAGCCGAUACCCCCAGAUCUUGAGCAUCCAGACAGACCGCAGCCCAAACAGAUCAAAUUGCCCCUAGCCAGCGGCGACAUGAUUCUCAUGCGUGGGCGCACUCAAUCGAAUUGGCUUCAUUCAAUACCCAAGCGAACGGGCAAGAAUGCGGAGGACGGUGGGAGAAUCAACAUCACGUUCAGGAGGGCCAUGGUGAAGGAGGGAACUGAAAAUUACUACAACUAUAAUGUUGGAACCGGACCUGUCUAUCGGUGGGACAAAACGAUGCGGGAAAUGCGGUUAUCAUCCGCCAAAGACCAGCUCAAGUGA